GAACAAACCCACAGAAGAAGAAGAAAAAAACAAGACUGAACUGAACCAUUUUCUUCUUACGCCGCUAUCCUGGCAGGUGGUGUUGGUGCCCCCUCCACAAUGAUGUCACAUGGUUUCAAGAGCAGUAAGAAGGACUUCACGUUUGGACCAUGGACAGUGACCGCUUCCAAAAACCACAUCAUGAAAUCGAAAGACAUUGAGCGAGCUGAUUCUGAUGUCUCCAAAGAGGUGGUGAGACCUUUUGACUGGACGUACACCACAGACUACAGAGGAACUCUGAUAGGAGAAAGUCUGCAGAUAAAGGUGACAAAAACAACAGAGCGGAUCAACAUGGAGAAACUGAAAGCACGGGAACACAUCAUGUUCUUUGAAGAGAUAUUGCUGUUUGAGGACGAGCUGCAUGAUCACGGAGUCUCGAUGAUUAGCGUCAAAAUUCGGGUGAUGCCCACCAGUUUCUUCUUGUUGCUGCGUUUCUUCUUACGUGUGGACGGAGUGCUGAUCAGAAUAAAUGACACUCGACUCUAUUAUGAGAACGGAAGCGACCAUAUGCUGCGAGAGUUCACCACAAGAGAGAGCAGGAUGUCAGAGCUGAAGAACCUUCCUGUAGCGCUCUACACUGACCCGAAUGAGAUCGCUCAGUAUCUGACCUUGAAGCUGACCGAGUGUGAGAAGCUGGAGCUUCCUGUGAGCCAGCCUCAGACUGACCUCCCAGAAACAAUCCACUGACCUGAACCUCCACACGUUACAGGAUCAAACAGUAUCUGCCUUCAUAUUUCUGUACAGUUUUUACAUGUUGACUGCAGCUGUGUGACUUGAACAUCUCCUGCCUGAGUUUUCCCAAAUGAAAACUUUAAAAAAAAUUCUGUCUUUAUUGUUAUAACUUUUUUUUUUUUUACUUUAGACUUUGAAUCAAGGAGUGAUUUUUUUUUAUUUACAAACACACAACCUAAACUAAUGUAUAAUAUUUAUGUAUGAUCUGCUGUAUUUUAUAUAAAAUGAAGAAUGUUUUCAUUUUGAAACCAUCUGCUAAAUAAGUAUGAACCUUAGAACAGAAUAAAUUUGGUGUAAAUAGUGA